GUGCAACACUUCCGUGAGCAGAGACGCACGCGUAGAGGUGAGGUGGACCCUAACGAUCUCUUCUCGCUGCCGCUAGACACGUCGUCUACGUCCAAGACACACGAACAACUGGCCACAGAGAAGGCGCAGAGGGCGCGCAAGCGUGCACUGUUUCUCAAGAAGCAGAAGGAUGAGGAGUUGGCGGCCACAAUCCAGUCCUUGCUGAAGAUAUCCGAACGAACAGAUGACGAAGAUCUCGCCAGAGAACGCUUUCAUUCGUUGCCCGACCCCCACAUCCGGUACACAGACCGGUGCGAGGCCACAAUGCUGUCCGUCUCCGUACUAUCAGUCGCUCCGGAGGAGGGGAGUGAUGACAGCAACAACGACUGCAAAGACGACCAGACAGAACCCGUAGAGCCAGAUGUGGUGGAUGAGAGUGUGAUGUUCUACAGCCUAAAGGCACCCACGCCACCCCCACCACGUGUGUGCCUAGCGAGCAACACGUGCACCAAUCCACGGAAGUAUACGACCGCACAGAACAACGUGCCCGUUUGUAGUCUCGCGUGUUAUAAGAUCGCCAUCUCGUAGGGUGACUUGGACGUGUAUUCGCAUCAAUAUUAAACGUUUAAAAAUAAACUAUAUCCGAAUUGAC